GCCGCUUGGUUCUCCCAUGCCAGACUUCCCUGAGACACCGGACGUCGAGGUCCGUGAUGGCCCUGACAAGCCCGCUGCGAAGCCCUUCGACAAGCCAUUUGACCCCGUCCAUGGUAGGAAGACGAAGAGAGGAGGCCUGAUGGAGGAGGAGAUCAAUAUCUUUUGCAGCAUGACUGAGGCGGUGAAGGAGGUGGCAACAGCCAUCAGGGGGUGCAAGCCCCUCGACGUCCACCCUGACCUGUAUGGCACUGUCAUGACCCAGGGUGGGUUCAGCGACGAGGCUCUCAUGGCAGUUCUCAGCCACCUGCUUGACAACAAGGCCCAGGGUGUUGGGUUCAUUGCCAUGGCCGACGCUCAAAGGGUGCUGUGGUUCAGGAGCUGGCUGGGCAAGCACUACUUCUAGAAUAGUGCUGCCUGUGAGCGUGCAUGAUCCCCGAUGGCGAUGGCGGUGGCGACGACGACGAUGACGAUGGCGACGUACAUUUUGUGUAGCUAGGGCUCAAAAACUAUUUGAUGGUCUGUAUAUUUUGGUGAGGUGGUAUAUACUAACCCCUCACGCUGAUGGUGAACUUGCGGUGGCAGGACGACACCCUCUUUUGGAUGUGGUGGUAGGUUAACACCAAGGGCAAGUGGUAUGCCGUGUUCAUCGGUGAGGUUCCAGGGGUUUAUAGUUCAUGGGAAGAAGCCAAUGCACAAGUGGCAUCAUAUAGCAACUGCAACUAUAGAGGGUUCAAGGCUAGGCAGGCAGCAGAACAAGCUUACUCCGCCUGGGUGCGAAAGCACGGAGGCAGCAGUGUCGACAGUGCCAAGGUUGGAGCUGUCAAAGUGGAAGCUGAUAAGGUGGAUCGUCAGUUCGGCCUGAAGCUGAAGAACUUCAUCAUCUUCGCCCAGUUCGUCACCAUUGCUGUGUUGUGGCGUUGGUGUGCUAGCUGUGAUCAUUGUGGGUAAGCUCACCAACUAGGGUACAAGGUAAGCACAACAUGUAUGCCGUAUGCAACCAAACGCCGUGUUCAUGUGCCGCUAGAGCCAAUGCAGCCAACCAAACAAAGUGCACUUGGGUAUUACCUAAUGCAGGGACUAAGGAUGCAGGCAACCAAACAAGUUGCGUAUGGCGUAUUAGGGCCUGUUUUUCCUCAACCAGGCUGGGUUGAGAAGGGUAUGCAAUGCGACUACUGUUUCAAACUGGAACCAAACACGCCCCAAGUGUCUCUCAAAACUUCUCCAUGUACGUCACAAUGCACAUUAUUUCCACGUUUGUAAAAAGAAAGGAAGGAAAUAUAACAUUCUCUCAAA